CCGUGGAGGCUAUUGUACUCGUCCUGGUUGAGAAGAUUUUUUUGAAUUCUAUUUUUUUUUGUAUACGACGAGUGGGCGGUUAAGUGGGUACCACUCACCCCGUGUUUUUGGACGGAGACAUUCGUGAGAUGAACGUACAUAUUGUCAAGCUCCUGUAUGCUCGUGUCAUACUUGACUGUGCAGAAUCUACAGAAGCCGAGCUUGAAGAGAUAGGCUUUCAGGGGACGGAAGGAUGUUAUUAGGACGUACAACCUGAGGUCGAAUUUCUUACCACCGAUCAGAAGGGGAUUGUCAAUGUACCUGUGAAAGAAUUUGAGACGAUCCUUGAAUAACUGAAUAAUCAAUUUGCAGAUCAAAGACAAGAUGUUUGAGUCUGAGAGCAACUCGAAAUUCAGAACGAUGGAGAAGAUCGUCCCACCCUUGAGGACAAAUGGUGAUCAGAGCCCCGAGGGGACUUGUCCAUGUUUGAGGCCCAAAACUCGAUUCUUCUGCACGUGCUGCGGUUACGUGGGACAAGGGAGGAUCAAGUAUCCUUGUGUUAAACAUACCAAUGUGACUUUUAUCAAUGACUUCAGUCAGUGCCCAAUUUGUAAAGUCCACGCAUUUAUGCUCCAUGAAUACUGAAGAUUCGAGGGACCUCUUAUCACCAUGAAGCAACAUGACGAAUAUUAUACCAAACCAGAGGAAUCU